AUGAGCGCAUUCUGUGGACGAGCCAAACCGAGUGUUUGUGGUUUUGACUGCGUGGCGGAGGGCGAAGAGUACGACUAUCAUCAGGAGAUUGCCAGGUCAAGCUAUGCUGAUAUGCUCUAUGAUCAAGACAGGAAUAAAAAGUACUACGAGGGCAUCCGGGCAGCUGUGGCCCAUGUCAAGGCCCGGGGUGAGAGAGUCACUGUCCUGGACAUUGGAACAGGAACGGGCUUAUUGUCCAUGAUGGCUGUGACUGCUGGAGCUGACUUCUGCUAUGCAGUAGAGGUCUUCAAGCCUAUGGCUGACGCCGCCAAGUGCAUUGUGGAAAAAAAUGGCUUCCAGGACAAAAUCAAGAUUAUCAACAAACAUUCCACUGACAUUAGUGUUGGACUGGGCAAAGACAUGGAAUUGAAGGCCAAUGUUCUUAUUACAGAACUAUUUGAUACGGAGCUCAUUGGUGAAGGGGCUCUGCCUAGUUAUGAACACGCCCACCGGAAUCUUGUUCAGGAAGGCUGUGUGGCAGUCCCUCAUAAGGCCACAGUCUACGCCCAACUGGUGGAUUCAGAGCUGUUAUGGAGCUGGGCUCAGCUGCAGCCAAUAGAGAUGCAGGGUACCCAAUUGUUGCCUCCACCUGCUAUGGGCAAUUGCAGCGGCACUCAUUCAGUGUGUGACAUUCAGCUCAGCCAGAUUUCACCUCAUAGUUUCACCCUUUUGGGUCCAGUCUGCACCAUGUUCAGUGUGGAUUUUAGUAAGCCUGUCAGCAGUGCCCCCCAGUCCUACUCCUCGCAAUUUGUGGCUCAGACCAGUGGUCAGGCUCGGGUGGUUCUCUCUUGGUGGGAUCUAGACAUGGACCCCAGUGGAACCAUUGUCUGUACCAUGGCCCCCAGCUGGACAUACUCAAAUCCUAAGAUGGCACCAUGGAGAGACCACUGGAUGCAGAGUGUCUACUUUCUGCCUGCUCCAUGCAGGAUUGAUAAAGGAGAAGAUCUGAGUCUCACAGUCUGCCACGAUGACUACAGUUUGUGGUACAGCCUCCAAUCAAGCAGCCGACAGCAUUCAAAGGGCAACAUGAUUCUCCCACGACCGUCAUGCACAUGCCAAGCCCACUUGGUUUGGGAUCGACCACGAAUUGGUGAACUUAAUGACAAGGUUCGCACAGAGAGCUACAUCAAUGCACUGCGCAAUGUUCUGAAGGAAGACAGUGUCUGUCUUGGAGUAAGUGAUGGAAGUCUUCUUCCUGUGUUUGCACAUCUCCUGGGAGCUAAAAAGGUCUUUAGUUUGGAAAACUUCAGCAUGACGAAACAGGUUAUUGAGCAGGUCCUGGAUGCCAACUCACUGAGGGGGCAAGUGGAGCUGCUGGACAUCAGUCCUGAACAGCUUACCAGUAAAGAUUUAGGAGGGGAGCAGAUCUCACUGCUCAUAGGUGAACCAUACUUCAGCACAAGCCUACUACCUUGGCACUCUCUUUUCUUUUGGUACUGCCGCACUGCACUGGCUGGCCUUCUUCGACCCGAUGCCACCAUCCUGCCAUGCUCCGCCACUCUUCAUAUGGUGGCUGUGGAGUUUCAGGAUUUGUGGCGGAUACGUGCUUUGUGUAAUACAUGUGAAGGAUUUGAUGUCACGCCGAUGGAGGAAAUGAUCCAGAAAUCACUGGAUUUCCGGGAGUCUCGCGAGGCGGAACCCCACCCUCUGUGGGAGUAUCCGUGCCGUGCUUUGACUAAGUCUUCUGCUGUUAUGACCUUUGACUUCACUCAAUGUGUCCCUCAACAACCUCUCAUCAGUCAUGGUUCUCUACCAUUCAUUAGGAGCGGUCACUGCCAUGGCUUAGCAGUGUGGUUGGAGUACGAUCUGACUACGGAUGUCUCGGUCAGUGUGGGUUUAACUAAACUGAUCGGUGAUCAGGGCCUCUGUGAGUGGAGUCGGCACAGUAAACAGGGAGUGUAUUUCUUCAGAUCAGGAUGGGAGACCUCAGGCACUGACAGAGAGGCUGUGUUUUACAACUUUGUCUUUGAUCCCAAUUCCGGAAAUGUCGAGAUGGAUUUUGAUGUCAAAUCAAAUUGA